UCCUUCACCACCGCUGAACUGCUACAAUACAUAGUAGCGGUGGCACAGACCUCACACACAGCCCACCUCCGACGACACGGCGAAAUCGAAAUCGAAAUCAUCCGGGGUCUUCCAGCGAUGGAAGCCCGACCCAGCAGGAUAGAGUGCUCAGAACCCAACGAGCAGCCCGAGCCGAAGGACCCCGGCCGGGUGUUCCACGCCGAGCGCGUCGCCCCGAGGGACGCCACGGAGUCGGUAACCGAGAAGCUGGCGCACGGCGGUUGCGGCCACGACGGCGUGAUCGACGAGACGUACGACACGAGGAUCAAGAUCGCGGAGGCACUGGAGGCGUCGGCCAGGGCCAUCGGGGACAAGCACGUGGAGCCGUCCGACGCCGCGGCGAUACGCGUCGCGGAGGCGAGCGCCGCGGGGCGUGGGGCGAUCCCAGGCGGCGUCUCCGAGCGCGCGCAGGCCGCGGUGGCGGCCAACGCCCGCGCCGCGCGCGACGAGGACAAGGUCACCAUGGCCGACGUGCUGACGUGGGAGGCGACGGUGAAGCUGCCGACGGGCAAGGCCGUGACUGGCGAGGUCGCUGCGGCCGCGGCAGAGGCCGAGGCCGAGGCCGCGAAUGAUCCCCGAGCGAAGACGAACCCCCGCGGGGUGAGCGCGGCGCUGGGCAUGGCCGCGAAGCACAACUGUGGACACGAGAGCGCGCGCACGGGCACGGCCUUUCCGGAUGAAGCUAAGCAGGAUUAAGCUUGAUCGUAUGUAGUCCAGACUCUGUCCAUGGACUCCCUUGACGGCCGGUUGAGUCGAGUUAUUAGUGAAUGAAUUAUUAAUCGUUGCGUUAUGUGCUCGUGGAAGAUCAGUGUUCUUGGUUCUUGCUGCCAUCCAUGGAACUUGCACAAGUAUGGCGACGA